UGCUUUGAUGACCCAGGGCAGCAAGUCCCGGGGCUAGUGUGCUACUGAAGCCAGCUUCCUAGUGCAGUCUCACCCAAGCCAGGAGGCUUCAUGGCGGCGCCAGUGGUGUCCCGGAUGGUGCGGCGGGUCCUGAGGUCCAGCAUCCGGAGCUGCAACUCAGGAGCUCCAGUGACGCAGCCCCGCCCCGGGGAUCCCUCCCAAUCUGCAGCGGAGGAGCUGUCCAGGCGGAGGCAGUUCCUGAGGGAGCACCCGGUCCCCUUCUCUGCCUUCCUCACUGACAGCUUCGGCAGGCAACACAGCUACCUGCGGAUCUCCCUCACCGAGAAGUGCAACCUCAGAUGUCAGUACUGCAUGCCCGAGGAGGGUGUCCCCCUGACCCCCAAGGUUGACCUGCUGACCACAGAGGAGAUUCUGAUGCUCGCACGGCUGUUUGUGAAAGAAGGCGUUGAUAAGAUCCGGCUGACGGGGGGAGAGCCGCUCAUCCGGCCGGACGUGGUGGACAUCGUGGCCCAGCUCCACCGACUGGAGGGGCUGAGGACCAUCGGCGUCACCACCAACGGCAUCAACCUAGCCCGGCUGCUGCCUCAGCUUCAGAAAGCUGGUCUCAAUGCCAUCAACAUCAGCCUCGACACGCUGGUGCCAGCCAAGUUUGAGUUCAUCGUCCGCAGGAAAGGCUUCCACAAGGUCAUGGAGGGCCUCCACAAGGCCAUUGAGCUGGGCUACAGCCCUGUGAAGGUGAACUGUGUGGUGAUGCGUGGCCUGAACGAGGACGAGCUCCUGGACUUUGUCGCGUUGACUGAGGGCCUCCCCCUGGACGUGCGCUUUAUAGAGUACAUGCCCUUUGAUGGCAACAAGUGGAACUUCAAGAAGAUGGUCAGCUACAAGGAGAUGCUGGACACCCUCCGGCAACGGUGGCCGGAGCUGGAGAAGCUGCCUGAGGAGGAAUCCAGCACAGCCAAGAGCUUUAAAAUCCCUGGCUUCCGAGGCCACGUCAGCUUCAUCACGUCCAUGUCAGAGCAUUUCUGUGGGACCUGCAACCGGCUGCGAAUCACAGCUGACGGGAACCUCAAGGUCUGCCUCUUUGGGAACGCAGAGGUGUCUCUACGGGAUCACCUGCGGGCAGGGGCGUCCGAGGAGGAGCUGCUAAGCAUCAUCGGGGCUGCUGUGGGCAGGAAGAAGCGGCAGCAUGCAGGCAUGUUCAAUAUUUCCCAGAUGAAGAACCGGCCCAUGAUCCUCAUCGAAUUAUUUUUGAUGCUCCAAGAUUCCCCACCAGCCAUUCCAAGCAUUUCCUCCAAGGACUCCCUCGGUGUUCAGGGUCUGAGACACAGAGUGAGUUUCUCCAACCAGGUGGCGACUUUGUGGGCAGGAUGCCGGGUCCCCCAGACCCCGCCCCUUGCCCAGCGGUGGCCGGGGUCCGGCUCCCCUCAGAGACACUACUGUUCCCAUCCAGACUCAGAUUCCAACCCAAAGUGCCUUAGCCCUGUGUCCCGGGCUCCUGCCUCCCGCUCAGGACCCCUGCCAACCUCGGACCAAUUAACCCACGUGGACACAGAAGGACGGGCAGCUAUGGUAGAUGUGGGUGGUAAGCCCAACACAGAGCGGGUGGCCGUGGCCUCCGCUGUGGUCCUCCUGGGGCCCGUGGCCUUCAAACUCGUCCAAGAGAACCAGCUAAAGAAGGGAGAUGCCCUGGUGGUGGCCCAGCUGGCUGGAAUCCAAGCAGCGAAGGUGACAAGCCAGCUGAUUCCUCUGUGCCACCAUGUGGCCCUGAGCCACGUCCAGCUGCAGCUGGAGCUGGACAGCACACGCCAUGCCGUGGUGAUCCAGGCGUCUUGCCGGGCUCAGGGCCCCACUGGGGUGGAGAUGGAGGCCCUGACCUCAGCUGCGGUGGCUGCCCUCACCCUGUAUGACAUGUGCAAGGCUGUCAGCAGGGACAUCGUGUUGGAGGAGAUCAAGCUCAUCAGCAAGACGGGGGGUCAGAGGGGGGAUUUCCAUCGCACUUAGAGAUCCUGCCCUCUCUCCCCACGGCCCAGCCAGGUCAGGAGGUGGGGUGCAAUGCCGAGGGAGAGGUGUCAAGUUCCUUUAACCCCAUCUCUGUUUACCAGUGCGAACCCGAGGUCAGCCCCCUCCCUUACUACUCAAUGACCUUUGAUGACCUGCGAGGCUUCCUUUAUUCAGAGAGGAAAGCAGCAGGCCCUUCAACCUUCCUGGACACUAAGGUCAUGGGAGGGGGUUGCAAUAAGCAAUGCUAGGUACCCGAAAAAUUCCAUUGCGUUGUCUGCGGACUGUUUCAGACAACCAGCUACAGACAAUCCGGCCCCGAACUUCCACUUCUCAUUUUGGGUUUUCUCUUCUGCUGCUUCCCUGGGGAGAGAAUAAGGGCUCACAAAGCAGAGAACCCACUUUGAGGUGGGAAAGCACAGCUUGCACUAAGAAUGUACGACGACUUCUCUUCAGCAGAUUUGCCUGCCCAAGUUUGUGGAUCCAUAGUCCUGCCCUGCCCUGCUUCUCCACCAUCCAUCCUCGGAGAGAGCUUGUUUCCCUUCAAACUUGCAGGCUCUCUGUUUAACCAUUGCACCGUCCUGCCUGCUCCCUUUCCUCAGUCCCCCUCCUCUAACAGGACACACACAUGGGCUGCAGGACGCACACGAGGAUACCUGACCACUCACGGCCACACCUGGCCCUGUGCACUGCUGUUCCCCCUCUACCCAUACCCCUUUAUUCUGGAACAUAUCAGGGAAAGAAGAGAGCUGAAGAUUGCCUUCACCCUCACAGCGCACAAAAUAAAGCUGCAGUGCCAACUUUGGAAACGCAA